CUCAUUAUUAACAAGCUACCCAGUUUGCUCAAAAUGGCUAGUUUGCAGUCAGUUUUGGUCGCCAUUGGAACUCUUCUCUUCAUGCAACCAGCUCUUGGAGAUGUCAUUCUGAAGCCCCCUAAUGAAGCUAGACCACCAGUUGCCUUGGUGCUCAUUCCAAGUGCUGGAGUGGACCCAUCACAGUACAAACCAUUGGCAACUGCAAUGCAAGAUGUUUGCAACUACCCUCUCUGGAUUGGUAUCCCUUACAUCCCUCUGGAUGCCGUGCUCAGCACUGAGAUAGGAGAAGCCAUUAGUCGCAUCUUGCUGUCCAUGCAGGCUCAAGGAAUGGCGGUGAAGACUCGGCUAUUCUUUGCAGCCCACUCUCCAGUCAGCGCUAAUCCACUGCAAGACUACCUCGUCAAGAACACCACACUUGCUCACAACACUGCAGGGCAAAUCCUGUUUGGUUCGUUCCUGCAACGAAUCUAUCGCAGCUCCCCCCCGGCCCCGUACCCGGUGCACACCCUGACUAUUGGUGGAGAGUUGGAUGGUGUGGCCAGACUAACUAGAAUCAUGGAGGAGUAUUAUCAUCGAGUGCAAGUUGCUACUGAUCCAACUAAAGCUGUCUCAACCUUUCCUGUUGUCGUGGUGAGGGGCAUGUCACACUUCCAGUUUGCCUCAGGGACAAUGCCAAAGACAAUCAAAGAUCGUGACUUUCGACCAGAGAUUUCGUAUGAUUCUGCACACUCAAAAGUUUCAGCAGUUGUGUCAAAUUACAUUUCUGUUGCUCUUGGAAACACAAGUUGUCUACCCGCUCUCAAAGAUGCCGUUGCAAGUACUGGACAGUUUCUAAAACCAAUCAUCGAGGCGUACAAACUUGAGGCCUCGUACAAAUUUAAGACUCCCUGUUUUGAGAACCCUCCAAGUCCAGCCUGUCAAGUAGGUUGUCCGUGGACACAGUCCUCCAUGGUAACAAUGGCACAGCUGGAUAUUGGCCAUAUCAACGAUACUGACGAAAUCCAUCCAGCCUCUGAGAUACUGCCUAAGUUCCACCACCCGGCAAUCUUCAGCAAUUGCUCAACCACCAGUCCAUCUUGCACUGUGCAACUGUCUUCAGUAAGUGAGAAUAUAUAUGAACAUGAUCUGUAUGACGAUGGUGAGGUGGCUACUUCUGCUAAUGAAAUACAAGCAAAACUAAAAUCUCGACAGUCUGUGAUGAUUGCUGCCGGCUAUGAAAAUGUGGAUUUCAACAAAUCUGAUGCAGGCUCUCGUUGCAAGACCAUCAAUCAACAGGCGUACGAUUGGGCGUUGAAGAACUCUGACCCUGUUACCUUGCCACGCUUCAAGGAGCAUGGUGUUGCUAUGGUUAUGGGUGAGGACAAGGGUUGCCUUAAGAACGGAGGACUAUGGAUCUACCUCCCUAUGGACUACACAGUGGGUACCAACUCGACAGGGGGUGAGAUAGUUACCAUUCAGUCAAUACAAAUGAAGACAGCCGUGACCUACAGUAUCGGUAUAUUUGCUGGCAUGCAUUACUGCAAGCUACUGUCUCCUGCCAGAGCUAUGGAGUGGCUGUACGUGGAUGGGCUUAGGAGAUACUACACUGUGAACCAACAAUGCGUUUUUGUGCUAUACCUUAUGAUGACAUUUAUAAUAAUGUUUAUUUACAUGAUUGUAUUGCUUAUGCAUGAUGACAAUUAUAAUAUUUAAUCACAUGGUUGUAUAAUAAUAUACAUUGAGAACAAUAGGUC